AUGAACGGCGAUACUUAUUCAUCAAGAGAUCGACAUGGUUCGUCUAGAGAUUAUCAUUCCCGAGAUGAUCGACGUGGUGGUGAUAGAGAUCGAAGACGCUCGCGCUCUCCAGGACAUCGAGGCUCCAGAAAUUCUCGCCGCGAUGGAGAAUUAGAUUCACGGGGUGCGGAUUCUUACUCAACGAGUCGCGAAUACAGAGAGCGGGAACGUGAAGAUAGGUAUUCGGGCAGGGAAAGAAGAGGUGGUGGUGGCGAGAGAGAGUGGGAUAGAGAUCGUGGAGCAGCAAGACGAGAUGCUAGAAGGGACGAUGAUGAAAGACCGCCGCGCAGAGACAACAGAGAUUUAUUCGACGAUAGACGUGGUGGCGGAGGUGGCAGAAGGGGUGGUGAUCGAGGCGACCGAAGAGAUCGUGGAGAUCGUGGAGAUCGUGGAGAUGCCGACGGAGGAUUCGCAGCUCAACGAGCCGCAAAGCGAGACAAGAGUCCAACACCUCCACCAAAGAAGAGAGAGCCCACACCAGAUUUGACGGAUGUUGUAUCAGUUUUGGAGCGCAAGAGGAGAUUGACACAAUGGGAUAUCAAACCGCCAGGAUAUGAGAAUGUUACUGCUGAGCAAGCUAAACUUUCGGGCAUGUUCCCACUUCCAGGUGCACCACGACAACAACCCAUGGAUCCAAGCAAGCUACAAGCUUUCAUGGCACAACCCAGUGGACAAGUCACUAAUGCAGCUCUCAAACCUUCAAACUCCAGACAAUCAAAACGUCUCCUCGUUCAUAACAUUCCUGCUGAUACUAAGGAAGAGACUAUUGUUAGUUUCUUCAAUCUUCAGCUUAAUGGAUUGAAUGUUAUAGAGGGUUCUGAUCCUUUAAUCUCAGCACAAGUUUCGAAAGAUGGCUCAUUUGCUUUACUUGAAUUCAAAACACAAUCUGAUGCUACGGUUGCUUUAGCAUUGGAUGGAAUCACCAUGGAUGGCAAUGACCAUAUGGAAACAGGAAAUGGCUCCGCUGAUACCCGAGGUCUUUCCAUUCGUCGUCCAAAAGAUUACAUUGUACCAGCAGUUACUGAUGAAACACCAUUCGAGCCAGGUGUGAUUUCUAAUGUUGUAGCUGAUACUCAAAACAAAAUCAGUGUUACUAAUAUUCCUCACUAUUUGAAUGAUGAGCAAGUUACAGAGCUGUUAGUUUCUUUUGGAGAGUUGAAGGCUUUCGUAUUGGUCAAAGAUAGCAAUACAGAUGAAUCACGAGGAAUCGCUUUCUGUGAAUAUGUGGAUCCUGCUGCAACGGAUAUUGCUGUUGAGGGUCUUAAUGGUAUGGAACUUGGUGAUAAGCAUCUCAAAGUUCAGAGAGCUAGCAUUGGUAACACCCAAGUAUCUGGUUUGGAGAUGAGCGUCAAUGCUAUGUCUAUGCUUGCUGGUACCACAUCACAGGAUCUCGAAAAUGGCAGAGUAUUACAAUUGCUCAACAUGGUUACUCCUGAAGAACUCAUUGAUAAUGAAGAUUACGAGGAAAUCUGCGAAGAUGUAAAGGAAGAAUGCGAGAAAUAUGGCAAGGUUCUGGAAAUGAAAGUCCCAAGACCAACUGGUGGCAGUAGACAGUCAACUGGAGUUGGUAAGAUCUUUGUGAAGUUUGACACACCAGACUCAGCAGGAAAGGCUCUCAAGGCCCUCGCGGGUAGGAAAUUCGCAGAUCGUACUGUUGUUACUACAUACUUCCCAGAGGAAAAUUUCGAAGUCAGCGCCUGGUAG